UGGGCACAGGUGGGUGGCACUGGUGGGCACAGGUGGGUGGGCACAGGUGGGUGGCACUGCUGGGCACAGGUAGGUGGCACUUCUGGGCACAGGUGGGUGCCCUGCUGGGCACAGGUGGGCGGAGCUAGUGGGUGCACUGCUGGGCACAGGUGGGCGGAACUUGUGGGUGGCACUGCUGGGCACCAAUCAUCAGGGCACUGAUCAUCAGUGCCCUGAUGAUCGGUGCCGAUCCUCGCUCUGACAACUGCCGGUUCUCGGCAGUACUUUCCUCACGAUCUGACAGCAUGAGGAAAGUGCAGCCGAGAACCGGCACUUGCAU